CACAUGGAAAGAAGCAAAGCGUCAAAAUAAUUGUGCCGCCGGAGUGGAAAAUAAUUUUAUUUUUGUUGAAAUAGCUACUAUUCAAUUAAAAUUAAGACGCAAUGUCGAUAGCAAAGCGUGUUCAGCAAUGGGCCACUUUUGCUCGUACUUGGCACAUUUAUGAUUGUACCUGGCAAAAUCCUUUUGAGUCAGCUAAGCUCAUCAAAACACAUCUAAUGGGACUGCACAAGCCCAUAUACCAUCCAAUGAUAUUCAAACGCGCCUUGGGCACGACACAGGCACAACUUUUGCUAACUCAGCCAAUUUAUAAGCUUCAAAGACGCAAUAUGGGUCGUCUGGGUACAGUGGAUCCGAGCUCCUAUUCUGAGCCAGACCUGAUUACCACCGAGCACAGUGCGCUGAACUGGACAGUGGACUUUGCGGCAACAAAGUUGCGUGGCAGCGUCUUGCACCGCUUCAAUGUGCUGUCCACCAAUCUGGACAAGAUUCUGCUCGAUGUACGCGACAUCAAUGUGACGAACGCCACGUUGCUAGCCGAUGGCUCCGAGUUGCCUAUCAAUUACUUCAUCAGCGAUCCGGUGUCUGAUAUUGGACAAAAGCUGACGCUGGAGUUGCCAGCCGGCACUGCUAAGGGCAACUUGAACGUUCGCAUCGAUUACGAGACUGCCAACAAUGCGAGUGGCCUGCAGUGGUUGACGCCCGAGCAGACGCUGGGAAAGCAACAUCCGUACAUGUUUUCACAAUGCCAAGCCAUUCACGCACGCUCUGUGGUGCCCUGCCAAGACACGCCAUCCGUAAAGUUCACCUAUGACGCCGUGAUUCAGCAUCCGAAGGAGCUGACGGCUCUGAUGAGCGCCAUUAUCGACAAAAAACAGGAGGGCCAGACUAGCUUCAAGCAGGAGGUGCCCAUACCAGCUUAUCUAUUGGCCAUUGCCAUUGGAAAACUUGUGUCACGCCCCUUGGGCCCCAAUUCAAAUGUUUGGGCUGAAGAGGCUAUUGUUGAUGCCUGCGCCGAAGAAUUUUCCGAGACAACCACAAUGCUAAAGACAGCCUCCGACCUGUGUGGUCCAUAUGUGUGGAAACAAUACGAUUUGUUGGUUAUGCCGCCUUCCUUCCCAUUUGGCGGCAUGGAGAAUCCUUGUUUGACCUUCGUCACGCCCACCCUGCUGGCCGGUGACAAAUCGUUGGCCGAUGUCGUAGCUCAUGAGAUUGCCCACAGCUGGACGGGCAACCUGGUGACCAACAAGAACUUUGAGCAUUUCUGGCUUAACGAAGGCUUCACCGUUUUUGUCGAAGCAAAGGUUGUGGGUCGCAUGCAGGGACAAAAAGAGCUGGACUUUAAAAUGUUGAGCAACCUCACCGAUCUGCAAGAAUGUUUGCGCACCCAACUCGCCGGCACGCCAGAGCUCAGCAAGUUGGUUGUUGAUUUGUCCAACUGUGGACCAGACGAUGCAUUCUCCUCGGUGCCUUACAUGAAGGGUUCGACCUUCUUACGUUAUUUGGAAGACUUGUUCGGUGGCCCCAGCGUCUUUGAGCCAUUCCUGCGUGAUUAUCUGAAGAAGUUCGCUUACAAAUCAAUUGUUACCGAUGAUUUCAAGGGGGCGCUAUAUGACUACUUCAAGGACACUGAUAAAAAAGAUAAGCUGGGGGAAGUUGACUGGGAGCUUUGGCUUAAAAGUGAAGGCAUGCCGCCUAUCAUACCCAAAUUUGAUGAAACCCUAUCUAAUGUUACCAAGGAGUUGGCGAGAAUUUGGAGUAAAAGUACUGUUGCCGAACUAAUUGACAACAAUAAUAUAAAACAGAAAAUUUCGAUACAUCAACUAAUCGACUUUUUGGGCAAACUGAUCGAGCAUCAAGAUAUAGUGGAUUUGAAUGAGCGCAAGAUCGAGUUGCUCGAGGACACGUACAAUCUGAAGCAGUCGAAGAAUGCCGAAGUGCGUUUCCGCCUCAAUCGCUUGAUUAUACGCGCCCGCCUUAUCAAACGUCUAGAUGAGAUCAUUGAGUUUGCCAACUCGAAUUUCCGAAUGAAAUUCUGUCGUCCAAUUUAUCGCGAUUUGGCUGCCUGGCCUGAGGCCAAACCCAUUGCCGUGCGUAAUUUUGUGAGUGUGCGCGACCAAAUGAUGGCCGUCUGCUCGCACACAAUCGAGAAGGAUUUGGGACUUAAGUAGAAUUGAAUUCUAAAUUAAUUAAAAUUAAAAUAUGCAUUUCAAAAUUUCUUAGUGAACAUAACGUCAAUUUCAAGGAUUCUUAUAUCCGCCCACUUGUGGUCUUUUCGUUUUAUUAUUGUUUUUAUUAAAAAAUAAGCAAAACUACGUUUAUAA